CGUGACCUGCCCAGAUUCCCUGCUCACGUUCGCUCUUCAGUCUUGUUUCGACCUUCGUCUCGUGAGGGUCGCUAGCUGAACUCGUAUCUCUGUCGUCGUUCAUUGUUUUGGUCACCCGGAAGGAACCAGGUCUCUAGUCGUGGUGUCUGUGCGAUUUUUUGGUUUUUCCAAGUGAUCUGAAGUGACCAGUUGUUGCGAGACAGAGAGCAGUUGUCUGUUGUUAGUCAACUUCCGGGUGUGAAUUGUUGUUUCACGUUUGUUUACAUAAUAAAUUGUGAGAAAUUGCUACCACCGUUGUACACUUGCAGUCACUCCCUCCACCAGGAGUGACGAUGCGUGAAAAGAAGAGUGGAGCCCUUAGUAGAGUGCAGAAGAUCAAGAAACGGUUAUCUCACAGCUUCGGACGAUUAUCAAUAUCGAAAGAUGAGGGUGACGAUAGAUCAAAAGUGCAGACCAAACUGCCAUUUAAUGGCUAUUCAGAUGAGUUCCUAGACAGACUGGAGCCUAAUGGCAACAUACCGCCCGACAAAGAUCUCAGAUAUGAUUGGGGCGACACACACGAACGGGUGAAGCGCCAACUAUCGGUGUCGAGUGACUCGAAGCUGCUCGACGAGGACAUCUGCGAGGAGACUCGAGUCAUCCUCAGGCCGAAGAAGCCGCCUCGACCCAAGUCGGAGGUCUUCCUCAACAAGGACCAACAGCAGCAUCGGCGGAGGACCAAACGAUUCUCGGCUUUCGGGGGAGAUUCACCUUUCGGAAAGUCAGAAGCUUACAUAAAGUUAGAACAGCUUGGAGAAGGCUCUUAUGCGACUGUCUUCAAGGGUUAUAGCAACCUGACAAGCCAAGUGGUGGCCUUAAAGGAGAUUAGACUGCAAGAGGAGGAGGGGGCUCCGUUCACGGCAAUCCGCGAGGCGUCGCUGCUCAAGGAGCUCAAGCACUGCAACAUAGUCACUCUGCACGACAUUGUGCACACACGCCAAACGCUCACUUUUGUAUUCGAAUAUGUUCACACAGACCUGUCGCAGUACAUGGAGCGACACGGAGGUGGCCUGAACUACAGCAACGUGCGUCUGUUCCUGUUCCAGCUGUUAAGGGGCCUGGCCUACUGCCACCGACGGCGCGUGUUGCAUCGCGACGUCAAGCCACAGAACCUGCUCAUCAGCGAGAUCGGCGAGCUCAAGCUGGCUGACUUCGGAUUAGCACGUGCCAAAUCAGUUCCUUCGCACACGUACUCGCACGAGGUGGUGACGCUGUGGUACCGACCACCCGACGUGCUACUGGGCUCGACCGACUACUCGACGUCACUCGACAUGUGGGGCGUCGGCUGCAUCUUCGUCGAGAUGAUCACCGGCCUCCCCACCUUCCCCGGCGUCAGGGAGGUCUACGACCAGCUCGAGAAGAUAUUCAAGAUUCUAGGUACCCCGUUGGAAGAAGACUGGGAAGGAGUGACCCAUCUGCCGGGCUACAAGCCUCACAAGAUGAACUUCUAUCGGGGCCAGAAACUCGGUCUUUCAUUUCCCCGCCUCUACGAUAUCAUCGAAGGAGAGAGUAUGGCCUCGGCACUCCUACAGUUGAAUCCUGACAAGAGGAUAGGUGCUGAAGAUGCUCUGCGACAUCGAUAUUUCUCAUCAUUACCUAGGAAAUUGUACGAUCUACCCGAUGAAAUGUCAAUAUUCAGCGUGGAUGGCGUGCACCUGUUACCGGAAGGUCGAAUUCCUCUGUCGAAGACCUGAGACGAGCACAACGGCGCCUGCUGUCGCCAAUUGCACACGCUCGCCAAUUGCUAAGGAGCAGCUCAAAUCUCAACCUCCUCCUCCUCAUCCUCCUCCUCGCCACCCCCUCCCCACCUAUCACCCCACCACCACUACAAACUAGACUGCAACAACACGACUCAAAUACGAUAAAUCUUCCAUGUCGCCGGUGUCUUCAACUUCGUUUGUUUUGUUGUUUCGGAUCCUUUAAACCUUCAUAGUUGGGUAUUUGAUGAAUUUAAAAAUGUUAUUUUACAUCUUUAUGAUAGCUUCAAUAUUGAGAUUCAGUUUCGAUAAAGAGAAAAAAGAAAAAUGUUGGCUGCCCCAACACUCGUAACUGAGCCAUCUGUAAUUUGAUUUCAAAAUUUUAUUUGUAUAGCUUCUCAUAAGAUUUCAUUUGUAAUUGAGUCAAUCUUAUUUCAUUUUUAAUCCGUUAAACCUGAUCUCGAUUCAAUUUGUAAUCACUUUCAAUCUGAUUAUAGUUUCAUUUGAAAUCGGCCCAAUUCGAUAUUUGUGUAAUCGCGUCUAUCUUGUAGAUAAGACGUGGUGGCUCUUUAUCUGGUUUCAGUUCAAUUCCCCAUACAUCCAUCUAAGUUCCAUUUUAUUUGUAAUUAUUUUUCCUACCUUUCCAAAACAUCAAGCAGCCAAAUAAAAGGGAAGCAUUAAUCAUGUUCAUCCGAGGAAGAAUGAUAAAGUCUACAAAGUUUUAAACUUUACAAAGGUUACAAAUGGGUCCAGUUUACAACUAUUGGUUAAUGUGGGAGCUUAUGAAGAGAAUGUGUAGAUAAUUGAAAUAAUAUUAUAUUGAUUACUUUUUGUUGUGUUCUGGAAUAUUUUAAUUCAAGAAUUGAAAAAUAUUGUGUUGGUAUGGAAAGAAUCAGACCAUUCAAUGUGCCGAUAUCUACAAAUGUAUGUAAUGUUUGUGAAUUAUUUUUUUGCUACUAUAUAAGGAACGUUUUUGAUAGAUGAAGAGGAUUACCACUGAAGUGCUACAAAAGUUAUGCUGAACUAUAUUUUCAUUUUGUAAUACAGAACCAUUAAUGAAAUGUUAUCUUCGAAAAUUCAACGUAGUUCAGUUUUGUUUAUACAAAAGACAUCAAGUACAUGACUUUAAUUCUGAUACAACCAAUAGAUUAAUAAUUGUAGUAUUGUUUAUGUAUCCUAUGUGUUUCUUUUAUGUUUAUUAGUAUGCGUAUAAUCUCAUUGUAUUUAUAAUAUUCUAUCAUUGGCACCUUAAAAGAUGUUAUGUUGUUAUUUUGCCAAUUUUAAUUCAUUAUCUAUUCAAGACAAGGUUGUACGUUACAAUAAAAGUUCAAAUAUCAUCAGCAUGUUGAACAGUAAUUAAAGACUUUUCGUCUCCAAAAGACAGUACUAUUUUACUGUACUAAUUUAUUUAUUGACAGUACUAAUUUAUUUAUAAAUGGAUAAUUAUGUUUUGAAAAUUAUAUUUACUUGUCAUAAAAAUUUAUUGAGCCUCUAAACUCUUUGAAUGUUCUUCUUUGUUUCAUUAUAAGUUCGGUUUUUAAAUUAUUGGCACAUCGUGAAAUAUUACUAAAAUGAAAAAUUGUGUAUAUGUUCCUUGAAUAUUCAAGUACUUUAUUACAAGAAUGUUAUUUUUCAUUAGUGUAAUUUUUCACUUAUAUUUUUGUGGAUGAAUUGUGCCUGAUAUUAUUUACAUUUGCAUAAAUUAUAAAAUGUGGUGACUUCCCAAUCUUCUCUUUUCCAUCUUCUUCCACCCAGUUGCCAUUGCAUUAUGCUGUCUCCUUUCUAAUCAUUUUAGUCGUAAUCUGUUUGAGUUUUAUGUUUUGAAUACUAUAACGUCAAAUUAACAAUUUAUCAGAUAUGAAACAAACUGUUAUAAUAAUCGUAGUGAUAUUUGAGAAAUGAAUGAUUUUUAUAUUGUGUACCUAACGAUUGUAAAUAUCCUUGAAAAUCUUGUAAAUAAUAGUUGCUCAUGAAGUAAUGAAUGAUGAUAAUAGUUGUAAAUAUAUCUUAUAUGUGAAUAGUCAGUGAUCAAUCAAUCCAUGAUAAUUUUACAAUAAAACCAACCAAAUCAAAGAACUUUUCGCAGAAUUGCACUUCGUAUUUUUUGUAAUAGUCAAGUUCUAGGCUUUAAAGGCUUGCUUAAUAGAGCUUGUUAACAUAGUUGAAAAAAGUGGAUGAAAAGGCCCGUUAUCAUUUCAAAAUGGUAGUACUAUUUCUAAUAUUUUUUUACAAAAACAAUAAUUAUUAAUAUAUUUACAGUCUGUGAGUUCCAAAUAGGUUGUUAAACCCCCACUUUUUCAUUGAUUAUAAUAGAAACCCUGUCAAUUAGAGUAACUCUCGAUUCUAGAUCUCUAGAUCUAGAUUUCUAGAAUCUAUAAUCCUAUAAUCGUGUAACUAAACUGUAGAAGAAAGGUUGAAAUUAGUAUUGUUUUUUGUAAUAAUAACUUACUUGAAUCUCACUACAGGGGGAAACAAGAUUUCAUUCAUUAUUUGUUGAAUCGCUAUUAUAACAUUUCAAUAACUGAAUUAUUUUGAAUACUGUAAUCCAAUGAAACACUGCUAAGUACUAGAGGCUGUUAUUGAACAUCACUUGUAGUUUCGAAUAAUAUUGUAAGAGACUCUUUGAAUGAACCUAUAAAUGAUGAUAUUAAUAUUUUAUUUUACACAAAUUAUUGAGAAAAUUAUCUCAACUUAUCAUGGUAUGUAAUCAAUAAACUUAUUUUUGAUUGAAAAAUAAUUUUUAAGUGCUCUUGAAAUUCUUUAUCAUUUUAACUAAUUUGAAAUUCUCUGGAAAUUGUAAAAUUCGUCGAAUUCUUCAUGAAUUUUCAAGAUUUAUCUUCAUUAAUUAACACAUUAUUCUAUAGAAUGAGUGCCAUUAAUAUUACAUGUAUAUUUUCUUCCUCAAGCUUUGUCCUCAAUAGUCGUCAUACAUUAUUCACACUCCUCAAUGUAAGAAAAAAAUUGAAUAACAAAUAGAAAUGUAUUAUUAUUUUUUGAAAAUAAAUUGUUAUCCUCAUCUAGACUUUAUUAUAAUACUAAAAGGAUUGAACUUAAAGCAAAUUAUAAAACCAAAUUUUAAUAUAAAUUUACCAUUUUUUUUUGCCAAUAUAUUUUUAUUGAGGAAAACUAAUGGUUCACUUGAAUAAUUUAUUCAUGUCCUUGACCUUUUUUGAAGGGGAUUUUGUAGAUCUGUUAGUCAUUAAAACUCAAUAACCAAAUAUCUAUUCUAUAGACUAUCAUUUCCAAUCAAUGAGUUUGGAAAGAUUAUACUCCUUGAAUUUCAAGAUGAUCUUCAUCCAAAUGACUUUUCUUUAAGGCAUUUGUGGAUGAAAGUAUUAUUUGAUUGAAAAAUGUUGCCAUACAUUCUAAUCAUAAGUUUCCUAUACUUUUUAUUUAUAAAUAAAUGUAUCGAAUGAUGGUUGCUCAGAGAGUCUUUUCAAAUUCAAUUAUAUAAUCCUUCCACGGUGCUCAAUUAUAACUAUUUACUAAGUACAUAGAGUGACUAAGCAUAUUUACUUGAUAUAAUUUGCUAUCUACGUAGACUUUAAUGACUGAUGACAACGUUGAACAAAAAUGUACUGUUGCUGUUGCCUACAAAAUGUAUUGUGUUCUCAUUGUGAAUAAGAGGGUGGAACUUGGUACAUAAUGACUUUUUAUAGUGAUAUUGCAAUGGGGCGUAAAGGAUUUUAUACUGUACAGUGUAAUUCUCUGUAGAUAUUAGUUGAACUUUGUAGAUAAACUUUCUGUUUGAAUCUACUAAAAAAUAUUCGUGUGAUGUAAUUAAACUAGUUGAUAAUAUUAUAAAUUCUAUUACCUUGAAUUGAUCCGUGGUUGAAAAUUGUUAAUUUUACAAUGUGGUUACUGUGACAGGAUGUUAUUAUGGUCAAACCAUUUUGUAACCAAUUUGAUUAUCUAGUUCAUUGGUCAGGAUCUUUCUCAAUGAUUAAACUUAUGUAAUCACUAAUUUUUUCCCUUGGCAAUAUAAAAACUGUUAUUAUAAUAAUUUUUCCUAGUAAAUCAGAUAAAUACACGGUUGUGCAGAGGAAACGCAUGUUUUUCGAACAGCCAGUACUCGUCAACGGGAGAACGUAUUGCCCUGGAACGAAUGUUGGCAGACGACCCAUACUAUGCCAUUUCAGUUGCUAUGAGCGUUGGAACGUACAACAUCUUGUGUUCGCUGUUGAGCAGUUUUUUU